UAAAAAUAAAAUAAACAACAAAAAAAAAAAAAAUAUAAAAAUAAUAAAAAACAAGUGAUAUAUAAAAUUACAUCUAUCAUUAUAAUUAUAUUUUAUAUACAUAUGUAUUUAAAGGAAGUUGUAAGACUUCUGGCAAACUCAAAAAAUUUAUUAAAAUGUUAAGUUCGCUAGAAGCCUUAGCUGGUAAAAUAUCUCCGGGUUCAGGAAAGAAUAGUCCAUUACGACGUAAAAAUUUAUACAACAUUUUGGAUAGUAAUUUAAGUAAAAUUAAUCACAUUAAUCAUAGUAUUCAUCAUCCAUAUUUUAAGCAGGAGAAUAGCUGUACAAAGGAGAAUGGAUUAAUUAUGAACUCAAAUAGCAGUCCAACGAGUUGCAAUAAUCAUCUUAAUAAUAAUAAUAACAAUAAUAAUAAUAAUAACAUAUCGAAUAAUAAUGAUGCAACUCUAUGCAAUAACAACAAUAACAAUAGCAACCAUAACAACAACAAUAAUAAUUCAUGUAGUCCGAAACAUAAUUUACAAAAUAGUUUGGUGGAAGCAUGUAAUCAAAUUAAAAAUGAAAUCAAUCAUUCGAAUGAAAAAGAGCAACCGGAUCCGGAUAAUAUAAAAAUGUUUGUCGGUCAGGUUCCAAAAUCAAUGGAUGAGGAACAAUUAAGAGAAAUGUUCGAAGAAUUUGGUAGAGUACAUUCAAUAAAUGUUUUGCGGGACAAAACAAGUGGUGUUAGUAAAGGCUGCUGUUUUGUAACGUUUUUUACCAGGAAAGCUGCCUUAAAAGCACAAGAUGCUCUUCAUAAUGUUAAAACUUUAGUAGGGAUGCAUCAUCCAAUACAAAUGAAACCGGCGGAUAGCGAAAAUAGGAAUGAAAGGAAACUUUUUGUUGGUAUGUUAAAUAAAAAAUUGAGUGAAACUGACGUUAGGAAAAUAUUUGACAAAUAUGGUACAAUAGAAGAAUGUACUGUUCUUCGUGAUCAAAGUGGACAAAGUAAAGGAUGUGCUUUUGUUACAUUUUCAACAAAACAAUCAGCUCUACAUGCAAUUAAGGCCUUACAUCAAAGUCAAACAAUGGAAGGUUGUUCAUCACCGCUCGUUGUAAAAUUUGCCGAUACACAAAAGGAAAAAGAACAAAAGAAAAUGCAACAAUUGCAAGCUAAUUUAUGGAAUUUAGCUACAAGUAUUAAUAUACCAUUAAGUCAAACGGCGACAACAGUUAGUACACCAAUAUUACCGAAUACACCACAAGCAGCUAGUCCUGUUAUAGGUGCUGAUGCAAUAACACCAUCAUCAUUACAAUUAUUACAACAAUUACAAGCAGUUGGUUUACAACAACAACUUUUACAAGGACUUGGUGCACAAACAAAUAAUGAUACAACAACAGCAGCAGCAGCUGCUGCUGCAGCCGGCUUACUACCACAAAUGACUGUACAAAAUUUAGCAGCAAUUGCAGCAAUGGCUCAACCUACCUUAGCGGCGGCGAAUACCGUCAAUCAACCGAAUAAUAAUCAAUUAUCGAAUGCUGCAGCUCUUUUAUGUCUGUUAGGAAAAACUAGUAAUACAGGGUCUGAUCCUGGUUCAUUAUCAUCUGCGUAUUUAUCAGCGGCAACUGGAUUACCAACUUUUGGUGGUGCUACAUUAUCAACAAAUCCUUUAGCUUCUGUUGCAUUAUCAGCAGCUGCAACUGCUGCUGCUGGUAAACAAGUAGAAGGACCAGAAGGAUGCAAUUUAUUUAUAUAUCAUUUACCACAAGAAUUUACUGACACAGAUUUAGCAUCAACAUUUCUUCCGUUUGGAAACGUGAUUUCCGCUAAAGUGUUUAUCGAUAAACAAACAAAUUUAUCAAAAUGUUUUGGAUUUGUAUCAUUUGAUAAUCCUGAUUCAGCGCAGGCAGCAAUUAAAGCAAUGCAUGGUUUUCAAAUUGGUACAAAAAGAUUAAAAGUUCAAUUAAAAAAACCAAAGGAUGCAUCAAAACCAUAUUAGAUCCAGAGGAGCAAAAAUACAAAAUUAAAAAUUGCAAAAACAAAAAAGAAAAUCACAAAAUACGAAAAUGGUAAACGGAAGCAGGUCAGCACAAAUUGUAAAUAAUUAUAACGGAUACGGAAAUAAUUUAAAUAAAUGAAAAUAAAAAAAAAAGAGAAAAAAUAAAGAGAAAAAACAAAACAAUAAGUUGCGACGAUUUUUGCUCUCAUUUUUUGCUCUUUCUCUCUCUGUAAAGAAUUUGAUUAUAUGGUGAAAAACAAAACAAAACAAUAAACACUAAUAAGAACAGCAAAAUCCAAUUGUGUUCAACAAUGGAAGUGAGAGAUCCUCAAUAUGAUGAAAAACAAAAGUCAACAAGAAAAAAAAAAAAAAUUAAAAGGAAUAUUGAAAAAAUUUAGGCUCACUUGAAGAAUACCUAAAACACAGAGAAAUCAAAUGGCAGCGAAAAAUGAAAAAUCCUUUUUCCUUCAUUUCUCAAGAAUUGAGAAACCUUUUUAAUAUGACAAUUUUUAAUGCUCCUUUUUUUAGGGUAACAGUAUUAAAAAUAAAAUAUUUUGCUUUUUUUUUGUUUUGUUUUCAUUUUUUCACUUUGUGAAUGCGUUCGUGUGCGUUACACAAUAAACAAAGCAUUGUUAAUAUAUGGAAAUCGUAAGAAGGAUUAGGGAUACAAAAAAAAGGAAAAUGUAUUCAAGAAUAAUAAAAAAAAAUGUAAAUAUAAUGAAGAAAACCAUUCAAUGAAAUUGCAUGUCUGAACAAUUUAUUG